AUGAAAAAUUUCACAUACUAUAAUCCAGUUAGAUUGAUUUAUGGAAAAGGUAGUUGUGAAGAAAUCAGUAAACAACAACUCAUUCCAGAAGAUGCUAGAGUUAUGAUGAUUUAUGGAGGAGGAUCAAUUAAAAAGAAUGGAGUUUAUGAAGAAGUAAAAAAGUAUGUUAAACCAGUUAUUGAAUUUGGAGGAAUUGAAGCUAAUCCAACACAUGAAACAUGUAGUAAAGCUAUUGCACUUGCUAAAGAAAAUCAAAUUAACUUUUUAUUAGCAGUUGGAGGAGGAUCAGUUGUAGAUGGAACAAAAUACAUUGCACUUGGUAUGGAACAUACAUAUUCAAAUGAUACAUAUGAUAUUGUUAUGAAAGCAGGACAAUUUAAAUAUCAAAAAGCAAAAGCACAAAUAGGAGUUAUUUUAACAUUACCAGCUACAGGAUCAGAAAUGAAUUGUGGAUUUGUGAUUUCAAGAAAAAGUGAUAAUAUGAAAAUGGCAGGACAAGAUGUGAGUGUUUUUCCUAAAUGGUCUAUUGUUGAUCCAUGUCAUUCUAUGUCUCUUCCAGACAAUCAAGUUAGAAAUGGAAUUAUUGAUUCAUUUGUUCAUGUUUAUGAACAAUAUAUUGGACAUUAUCAAGAAAAUCCUGUUACUGAUGGUGAAGCGGAAGCAGUUAUGCGUACUCUUAUGAAAGUUGCACCAAUUACUCUUAAAGACCAUUAUGAUUAUCAAGCACGUGCUACUUUUUGUUAUGCUGCUACAGUUGCUUUAAAUUAUUCUCUUGCAUGUGGAGUUGAACAAUGUUGGGGUGCUCAUAUGAUUGGUCAUGAAAUUACUGCCUAUUAUGGUCUUGCUCAUGGUGAAACAUUAGCAAUGACUAUGCCUGGUGUUAUGAGGUUCCACAAAGAAAAGAACGCAAAGAAAUUAAUUCAAAUGGCACAACAAGUCUUUGGUAUUCCUAAUCCUAAACCAGAAGAUGCCAUUACUGCUACUGAAAAUUUCUUUUUAUCUAUUGGUGCUAAGGUUAGACUUUCUCAAUGGGAAAAAGGAAAAGAGUUCUUUGAUCAAAUUGCUCAAAAGUUUGAUUCAAGACCUUGUGGUGUCUAUAAAGACAUUGACUCUAAAGCUUGUCUUACUAUCUUAAAUGAUAUUUACUAA